CAAAAUAGACAACUUUAGCCAGUUAGCGUGGAUGCUUGAUUGCGGUUGUGAGGUCAGAACUCUCAGAGCAAUCCUAAUUCUCCGCAGAGCGUCCAGUGUGCGCUCUGAAAAUACGAACAGACAUUUUAACAGCGCACUGAAUUUACGAACUCUAACACACUGGAGACAAUUUACGAACGCGCCCAAAUCGCCUCAAUUGGGAUGAACCUCAUAGCUAGACAGCAAGCCGAGUAGGAGAUAGCUACGGCAGGGGGUUCACAAAAAACACCAGACGAACACCUAGCUAAUGGGAAUAGUACUGCCCUUGGUGACAGCCUUUCAUGUGUCUUUGUCACGCUGUGCCUUUCUGUUGAUAAAGGACAGUGGGACCAAGAGAUGUCUGCGCCGGGUUUUACGAGCCUGAAAACCUCUCUCGAUCACAGCUUGAAUUCAACGCCGAAUGGUGGAGCAGCACCCCCCUAUCAGAAUGGUCCAGGAGGGCAGACUUACCCAUCCACAUAUCCUUUGACUGGGUACUAUGGAGCCGGGCCUCAACAGCAGGGCGACCCAACCAUUCCAGGACACUGUGCCCCUGCCCCCCAAAAAGCUCCCAUCACGAACAAUGAUCACAGUGCUUACUGCCACCAGCAGCCGCUGCAGCCCAAUGCUGCACCUACUGUAGCCCCCUCUGCAUAUGGAGCAACCCAAGGCUCCCACCCUCCCUCUCUGCCCUAUGGCACCCCCACCACUCUUCCCACCUCCGCUGCCCCUCCAAACACACAACAUGCACCUUCAUUCCAACAACCAGCCCCCUACGCACAGCCUGGGGCCUACUAUGGACAGCAGCAGUACCCUACCUCCCAAACGCAACACCACCCCCAGCAGCCAAAUUUGGUUUUGGCACACCCCACCAGCCCAGGUGCUCCCCUGUAUCCCAUUGUCUCGUACCCCUCUGUUCCGGGAAGCAGCCAGUACGGUACAUUGCGUUCCUCCCAGGCUCCCACCGGCCCAGCAGCUGUUCCCAAUCUGAUGGGCGCUCCCCUCCACCAGUAUGCCGCAGGAAAUGACACCAAUCACCCAGCAUCUACUGCAGCGGUUCCCCCUGGGUAUAGCAUGGCUCCACUCGGCCAACCAGCCACAGUCAACGGCCAGGGUAAUGCAGUCCAAGCCCCAGUCCUCCAGCACUAUGAUCAAAGUCACCAGGCACCCAUGACACAUGACCACUACGGAGGAGGAGUCACACACAACACUGGGGGUGCUGACAGGGACAUACCACCUUUAGGAAUCCCCUCCACUUCAGUUCAUUCCUCCCCAGGGCAUCAGCAAGGCAUGCACUACGGAUAUUUAGCCAAUAGUGGCGCUAGCUCUGCCAACGCCGCCGCCAACGUUGCCCCCUCGUCAUCCAGCUCCGAUGAGGAUGAGGAGGAGGAGGAUGAGGAAGCAGGCGGGGAUAGUUCCUCAACCACCACCGGCAGUGCGUCCCCGGUGCCCAACAGCUACGACUCCCUGGAAGGCGGCAGCUACCCAGAGUUCUCCAAUCCUCCGUCUGCCGACAUGCCCAAACAGCCAGUCUAUCAGCAGAGGCCGGUCUCCAGGGUAGACUCCUCCCCCUCACACGGCGGGUACAACCAAACUGGCUAUCAGCAUUUGCCACAGCCCUUCCCUAACAUGUCCCAACUGUCUGCGGCCCUUGGGGGACUGAGCGGUGUACCAGAGCUGGAGGUGGAGGCACUGCGGCCUGUCAACCUGCUGCAGGAGAGGAACCUGCUGCCCCACCGGCCCCUGGACGCCCCCGAACCCAACCUCAGCGCUGACCUAAAGAAGGCCAACUGCAGCCCGGACACGUUCAGGUGUACCCUGACCAACAUCCCCCAGACCCAGGCCCUGCUGAAUAAAGCCCGGCUUCCCCUAGGCCUGCUCCUGCACCCCUUCAGAGACCUGGCACAACUCCCAGUGAUCACGUCCAACAUCAUAGUGAGAUGUCGCUCCUGUCGUACCUACAUUAACCCCUUCGUCUCCUUCCUGGACCAGAGGAGAUGGAAAUGCAAUCUCUGUUACAGGGUCAACGAUGUUCCUGAUGAGUUCAUGUAUAACCCAGUGACCCGCUCAUAUGGAGAGCCCCACAAGAGGCCAGAGGUACAGAACUCCACUGUGGAGUUCAUAGCCUCUUCAGAUUACAUGCUGCGUCCCCCUCAGCCUGCAGUGUACCUGUUUGUGCUGGAUGUGUCUCACAACGCGGUGGAGGGAGGCUACCUGAACGUCUUCUGUCACACCCUACUGGAAAACCUGGACAAGAUGCCCGGGGACACUCGCACCCGAGUUGGCUUCAUCACCUUCAACAGCACCAUCCACUUCUACAACCUCCAAGAGAGCCUCUCACAGCCCCAGAUGUUGGUGGUCUCCGACAUCGACGAUCUCUUCAUUCCAACCCACGACAGUCUCCUGGUGAACCUGAAGGAAAGCAGAGCGCUGGUGAGGGUACUGUUGACCUCCCUACACAGCAUGUUUAGCCAGACCAGGGAGACCCACAGUGCCCUGGGCCCGGCGCUGCAGGCUGCCUACAAACUCAUGUCCCCCACGGGGGGCCGCGUCUCCGUGUUCCAGACCCAGCUACCCACACUGGGCGCCGGCCUGUUGCAGUCCCGGGAGGACCCCAACCAGAGGUCCAGCACCAAGGGGGUCCAACACCUGGGCCCAGCCACAGACUUCUACAAGAAGCUGGCCCUGGACUGUUCUGGCCAACAGAUAGGAGUGGACCUGUUCCUCCUCAGCUCCCAGUACUCUGACCUGGCCUCACUAGCCUGUAUGUCUAAGUUCUCAGCGGGCAGUAUCUUCUACUACCCCUCGUUGCACCACGUUCACAACCCGGCCCAGCUGGACAAGUUCCAGAAGGAUCUGGAGCGCUACCUCACCAGGAAGAUCGGCUUCGAGGCGGUUAUGAGGAUACGCUGCACCAAAGGCUUGUCCAUCCACACGUUCCACGGGAACUUCUUUGUGCGCUCGACGGACCUGCUGUCCCUGGCCAACAUCAACCCAGACUCGGGCUUCGCCGUGCAGAUGUCUAUAGAGGAGAGCCUGGCCGACACCGCACUGGCCUGCUUCCAGUCUGCGCUGCUGUACACCUCCAGCAAAGGGAAGAGGCGCAUCAGGGUCCAUACUCUGUGUCUGCCAGUGGUGAGCCAGCUUAGUGAUGUAUAUGCCGGGGCUGACGUUCAGGCCAUCACCUGCCUCCUAGCCAACAUGGCCAUUGACCGGUCGAUCUCGUCAAGCCUGUCGGAUGCCAGGGAUGCCCUGGUGAAUGCGGUGGUGGACUCUCUGAGUGCAUACAAGAACACUGUAUCUAAUAUCCAGCAGUCUGGUCUCAUCGCCCCUGCAGCCCUGUGUCUCUUCCCCCUCUACGUGCUGGCACUACUCAAACAGAAAGCACUGCGCUUGGGGACCAGCACCAAGCUAGACGAGCGUGUCUUCGCCAUGUGUGAGUUCAAGAGCCAGCCGCUGCAGCAGAUCAUGCGCGCGGUCCACCCCGACCUCUACCGCCUGGACACCAUGUCAAACCAGGGGGCUCUCCACCUGAACGACUGCAUAGUACCCCAGCCCCAUCUGCUGCACCUCACGGCUGAGAAGCUGACCAGAGAAGGAGCGUUCCUCAUGGACUGUGGCAGCGUCUUUUACUUGUGGAUUGGGAAAUGCUGUAAUGAUGUGUUCAUUCGGGACGUGUUGGGAUGCCCAAACCACGCUUCUAUACCCCCUAACAUGACCCAAAUUCCUGAGUUGGAAACCCCUCUGUCUGAACGACUGCGUGCACUUCUCGUCUGGCUACAGGACUCGAGAACCUUCAGCUCAACUCUUCACGUCGUGAAGGACGAUGCUACAGCGAAGACCAGCUUUUUCCAGCACUUGGUAGAGGACCGGUCGGAGUCGGCCCUCUCCUACUACGAGUUCCUGCUCCACAUCCAGCAGCAGAUGUCCAAGUAGAACACAUUGAGCAGAAGGCCCCUUGAACGUGGCACAUGACAAACCGAAAGCUCCCUCAGACUGACUGUAGUGAGGUAGUAGGACCACCGAUGGACAACGCUACCACCCCAACCCCACCGAACCCCUAGCUCUCUGGUCAACCGCGGCCUAUGACUGUGGGAGGCUGGUGGAAGGACCAAAGUGAAGAUGACUUCCGGAGUUGAAGUGAAGGAAUUGGCGUUUUGGACUCACGGAGCAAGUUGUGCGCUCUGAACAGGCUGCUGCUUCAACCAGCUCGAUGGCUUGAACCCUUCCCCCUAUUGUCUCUCAGCCACUUUCGUAGCUCCACGUAGCAUCUCUCCCCAAGAGAAAGCAAGGAGAGGCUGCUACUUCAUCUGAUUAAGUUGACUCUUCUCCGACACGCCCCCGCAUGUUGUGGUAUCAUAGUUUAUCAUACAUGCUCCCCAUCCCUGUUCCAUUUUCUCUUCUUUUCAAACACAUUGACAUACGAGUACAGCAUCCCCUCUCCUUGUUUUCACUGUGUGGUUUGGAGCUGCAUCUUUCACCAUUGUGUUUGCUGCUGCUAGUCGGGUGAUUGGCUCCCCUCUGCUUAACAGGAUGCUAGUCAAGUGUUUGAAGACCCUGGCCCCUCCCCCUGCUGUUCAAACCCUGUGUUGUCUAGAUUAAACUGAAACCCCUGAACAUUUCCCCCCUCUUGUUUUUCGAGCCGCUACCAGAAGUUGCUGUCCACUUUGUAACUAGUGAAAAUAAUAUUUUAUGUGCGAUAAUUUAUGACGAGCUUAUUAAAUAAAAUGAAACAGUA